GUCUAUUGUUAGUCCCAGCAUCGGACACAUGGCUUCUCCCAGCAGUAACCAGGCGUGUGCUGAUCGGAGCAUGUAAACACAGCUCGCUCUAGAAAACACUCUGAUGUCCUUUGAGAAGGCGAUGGAGGCAGGAAGUGAAGGUCUGGUUACCGACGUCACCAUCAGGUCAGUGGGCGUGAGAAGUAUUUCUACACACUUUACUGUGAUGAUAGCUGUUGUGUUGUCAUGGUUACAGUUAUGACGAAGUCCCCUUCCUGAUGCACGUCCGCACGCUGCGGCGGACGACCAACAUCGACAAGGUUUUUCCCAAAACCGGACCGGUACCACGGCGGCCAUGUUUACCUGGGCCGAACUGCAGAGCCUGAACGCCAGCUCCUGGUUCCUUUCUGUGAGUCGUACAAAACGCACAGUAGACAAUAUAGAGAAGUGAGUGAGGUGAAGAGCAUAUCGUCUAGCUUGUGUCAGCGUGUUAAUUGGGUAUCGGCGGACGUCCCUUCUAGCUCGAUCCGUUCGGUUCGGCCGGCUCUCUGGGAGCAGACGAGUGUCAGCGGGCAGGAAACCAGUUGUUCUGCAGCCUGCAGGCCUUCCUCCAGCUCACACGGACAAGCUGGUGAUCUUCGACCUCUACCGUCCUCCCACACUCUUUGUGAUUAGAAGACUCCUCCUGCAUUUGUUACAUCUCUAGGUAGAGAUGGUGAUUCUCCUUUUGGUGAAGGACGUUACUCGUGUGGUUAUUUAUCUUUUCUGUUGCUGCGUCGUUUUCCCUAUCUACAUUUUUCUUAUCUGAGUUCUCCUGGUGCAAUGCGACCUCCUCCGUAAACUUUGAAUGGCCGCCUUCAUCAUUUUUAUCCUUCGCCUUUUUAUCCUUGGCUGCAAGUCAUUUUCUCUUGGUUCUAGAGGUUUAACCACAGGAGGUUCAGUCGUCUGUUCUUAUUUGAGCAGCGUCGCCUCUUGGAGCAGCGUCGCUUCUUGGAGCCACGUCCCCUAUGGGAGCAGCUUUGCAGCGUAGCCUCUGGGUGCAGCGUCGCCUCAGGGAGCAGCAGUGUCGCCUCAGGGAGCAGCAGCGUCGCCUCAGGGAGCAGCAGCGUCUCCUCAGGGAGCAGCAUCGUCGCUCCCAAAGGCAGCAUCGCCUCUGGGAGCAUCGUCACCUCAGGGAGCAGCAGCGUCGCCUCAGGGAGCAGCAGCGUCGCCUCAGGGAGCCACAGCGUCGCUCCCAAAGGCAGCGUUGCCUCUGGGAGCAGCGUCGCAUCUGGGACCAGAGGUGUUGCAUCUGGGAGCAGCAUCACCUCAGGGAGCAGCAGCGUCGCUCCCAAAGGCAGCGUCGCCUCUCGGAGCAGAGUCGCUUCUGGGAGCAGCGUCGCCUCAGGGAGCAGCAGCGUCGCCUCAGGGAGCAGCAGCGUCGCCUCAGGGAGCAGAGGUGUCGCAUCUGGGAGCAGCGUCACCUCUGGGAGCAGCAUCGUCACCUCUUUGUGGUCUUCAUCUGAUAAGCUGUCAGACUUUUUAGCUUCACCUGGGAUUAAAGGAAACUGAUAAAACAUUAACAACCAAUUGAGUACCAAUUGAAACCAGAAACAAAAAUAAAGAGCAUCAGCCUCAACUUGUCUCUUUAACUUUUUUAUUAUUCUCUUCUUAGGCUUUUUGUGGUUUUGUUCUCUACCUGGUUGAAUUUGUUGUUGAUAAAAAAACAAACUGUGAACUUGUCCCGCUCAUUUUAUCAUUUGCGUGAACUAUAUUUUAUUUUUGUAUUUCACAAAUCUAAACUAGGUUUCACACACUCCUUGAUAAUCUGCUCCAGAUUUCACAAGUGGGGUUUUUGAGCUAGAUUUGGUUCUGAUGUAUUCUGGAUGGGAAAACAUUUUGAAAUACGUAUUUUUAAAUCUUCCUUAUUCAAAGCUUUCUGCCAUAUUUGGUCAUGUGAUCAUAUUCAGGAGGAUCAUCCAAUGUGAAGUUUUUGAUUCCUCAUUUUCAUCUUCAUCUUCAUUCAGACACGACCACUAGUUAUGACAUGACUGAAAGUUCAUGUUCAGUUUUGUUCGGCCACUGUUGGUUUGUUGUUUUCAGAAAUGAUUUGAGUCUUGGCGCUGAUCUGGGUUUGACCUGUAAACUGGACCUUGACUCUGUCUCAUAGUGGAAACCCUUUUCACCUGUUAUCUGAUGGGUUUGUGAUGUUUCUUUAACAAUAUUACUAUUUCUGUAAAUUCAUCCAACUUCACUAAUGGACUCAAAAAGACUUGCUGUGGUUUUAAUGCUGAUCAACGAAGUGAUAAGCUUGUUUUAAAGGAGCAGGAAAUCAUCCCUUACAUAUAUUUUUUGUUCACAGCCCUGAAAUCUCCCUUUUUGUGUUGUUCAUGAUUUGAUUAUGCAGCAGAGCUUUUACAAACACACAGUGGCGUUUCUACAUUAGGGGCACGUGGGGCACUGCCCAACUAGAUCCAGAUGGCGCUGUUGUGCAGAAAGCUCAAUACAUCUGUACUUGGGGCCAAAUAUAUUUUAUUUUAUUUCGUAUACAAAGUAGCGUGAAUGUGUGUGUGAAUAAACUUGACUCACAAGCAUUAGAGUCUUGUUUUGGAGUCAUUUGAUUAGUGUGUGUUUCUGUCUGUGUGCUUGCUCUGUGAAAUGAGCUUCUCUCUUGCCGUCCGUCUCUGCUCGGGGGGCAACAGCCCAAGCUUAAGACUGUUGCCAAAGAAACACUAAUGAGCUUGAACCACACAGGCCGAAGUUAACAU